ACUCCCAUGCGGCUCGUGCUGUGUGAUUGGCGUAUUCUGGAGGCUGUGCCCUAUAAAAGGCUGAGCGCACGUUGGGUUUGCAGAUCCACAGAAACGUGAGGAGCAAGGCACCGGCAAGCAGAGGGGAACCUUUAUUUUUAUCCUAAGAGUUCCAGCCUGAAGAUGCCUGUAGUGCGGACAUUAACGAGAGUGGCCAAUCAGAUAACUCGUAGUCCUGUAUGUGGCUGUCAGAUCUCCGUUAUGCCUAUCAGGUGCAUCGGCUUUUCUCCCCGCCAAGUGCCAUCGGACGCCAGUUUCCACUCCGUGUCCUUCUCUGAGACAGACCACCCUCGCGUGCUGAUCACAGGAGGACUGGGCCAGCUGGGCGUGGGACUUGCCAAACUGCUGAGAAAACGCUAUGGAAAGAACAACGUGAUUCUGUCUGACAUACGUAAACCUCCAGACAGCGUCUUUUACAGCGGGCCAUUUAUCUACUCUGAUAUACUGGACUACAAGAAUCUACGUGAGAUCGUUGUGAACAAUCGGAUUACGUGGCUCAUUCACUACAGUGCUUUGCUCAGCGCAGUCGGAGAGGCAAACGUUCCUUUGGCCAGAGCGGUCAAUAUCACCGGGCUACACAAUAUCCUGGAUAUUGCCGCUGAACACGGGCUGCGUCUGUUUGUGCCCAGUACAAUCGGGGCCUUCGGUCCUACCUCGCCCAGAAACCCAACUCCAGAUCUGUGUGUGCAGAGACCAAGGACAAUCUAUGGUGUUUCCAAAGUCCAUGCAGAGCUUAUGGGAGAGUAUUACCACUACAGAUACGGCCUGGACUUCCGAUGCCUCCGUUAUCCUGGAAUCAUUUCUGCUGAUUCCCAACCUGGGGGAGGAACUACAGACUAUGCCGUCCAGAUUUUCCACGAUGCUAUCAAGACUGGAAGGUUCACAUGCAACCUGAAACCAGACACUCGUUUGCCCAUGAUGUAUAUUGAUGAUUGUCUUAAGGCUACCCUAGAAGUAAUGGAGGCACCUGCCUCUUCACUUACUAUGAGGACUUACAACAUCAAUGCCAUGAGUUUCACACCUGAAGAGCUAGCAGAAGAAGUUCAGAAGCACAUGCCAGAGCUUGAAGUGAAUUAUGAUGUGGAUGCCGUCCGGCAAGCCAUUGCUGACAGUUGGCCGAUGAAUUUUGAUGACAGCAAUGCUCGCAAGGACUGGGGGUGGAAGCACGAUUUCGAUAUGGCCGAGCUGGUAACUACCAUGCUCAAUUACUUGAACUCUGGGAGACUGGCAUUCCAGGCAAACUGAGCCUGAUGUCCAACAAAAUCCAGUCGGUGGGCAAGAGCUUUCUGGGACAACUGCACGUGCCAAUGUACAAUCUAUGGAACUAAAACCAUACUGUAACCUGAAGGAAACCAUAGAUCAUAUUCUACACUACUUGAAAGUUUUUCUUUAAUGUAAAGGGAGAGAAUAUGGAGGUGAUCAUGGUCUUAUUGAUUUGCAUUGUCUUAAUUUAAAAUUCUGAAAUUAUUUUAGACAUACAUGUAUAUACAUUUCUAUCGUUUUUUUUCCCCACUGUCCAAUCAGUUUGUGGCAGCGCUCGGGAUAAGAAUUUACUGUAUAUAUCUAUGUUGCCUGGAGUUUGGCAUGUAAAUAUCGCAUGGGGUUUUUGCAAACAGAACAGGAAUUAUUCUAGGACAAAUGUAUAUAAAUGUGAUGUUUAUUGGGGAACUUAACAAUGCCUAAUGUUCUAACUGGUACGUGGUGAGGGUGUGGACUAGAACCCACCUGUAGCCAAUCAGAUCAAUUCAUAAAUCCACAGACCUUAUUGCAAUGGAGCAAAAACACAGAUUUUAUAUAAAAUGAUAUUCCCAAGAGGUGGGUUAUGGCUGACUUGUCCUUUCAAGAGUCCUAUGUAUAUAUAUAUCUAAAUAUUAUACGGGUAUGGGAUCUGUUAUCCAGAAAGCGGAAAGGCCAUCUCCCAUAAACUCCAUUAAAAACAAAUAAUCUUUUUAGAUUUUUCUUUACAGUAGCUUGUA